GGGGCGCACGGCUCGGGGCACCAUGGCCCCCCCCCCGGCGUGCUGCCCGCCCUGGCCUGGCUGCUGGCGGGGCUGAGCGUGCCGGCGCCGAGCCGGGCCCAGCUGCACGGCGAGAAGGGCAUCUCCAUCCCCGACCACGGCUUCUGCCAGCCCAUCUCCAUCCCGCUCUGCACCGACAUCGCCUACAACCAGACCAUCAUGCCCAACCUGCUGGGUCACACCAACCAGGAGGACGCGGGGCUGGAGGUCCACCAGUUCUACCCGCUGGUGAAGGUGCAGUGCUCGCUGGAGCUGAAGUUCUUCCUGUGCUCCAUGUACGCGCCGGUGUGCACGGUGCUGGAGCAGGCCAUCCCGCCGUGCCGCUCCAUCUGCGAGCGGGCGCGCCAGGGCUGCGAGGCCCUCAUGAACAAAUUCGGGUUCCAGUGGCCGGAGCGGUUGCGAUGUGAGAACUUCCCCCGGCACGGAGCCGAGCAGAUCUGCGUGGGGCAGAACCACUCGGAGGACGGCAGCUCCCCAGCACUGCUGACGAGCGCCACGCCACUGGCCGGCCAGGGCACCCCCGGCGCCCCUCGCUAUGCCACCCUCGACCACCCCUUCCACUGCCCGCGGGCGCUGAAGGUGCCCAGCUACCUCAACUACAAGUUCCUGGGGGAGAAGGACUGCGCGGCGCCCUGCGAGCCCACCCGUCCCGACGGCCACAUGUUCUUCAACGAGGACGAGAUCCGCUUCGCCCGCAUCUGGAUCCUCAUCUGGUCCGUGCUGUGCUGCGCCUCCACCUUCUUCACCGUCACCACCUACCUGGUGGACAUGCAGCGCUUCCGCUACCCCGAGCGACCCAUCAUCUUCCUCUCGGGAUGCUACACCAUGGUGUCGGUGGCCUACAUCGCCGGCUUCGUGCUGGAGGAGAGGGUGGUCUGCAACGAGCGCUUCCAGGAGGACGGCUACCGCACCGUGGUCCAGGGCACCAAGAAGGAGGGCUGCACCAUCCUCUUCAUGAUGCUCUACUUCUUCAGCAUGGCCAGCUCCAUUUGGUGGGUCAUCCUCUCCCUCACCUGGUUCCUGGCCGCCGGCAUGAAGUGGGGCCACGAGGCCAUCGAGGCCAACUCCCAGUACUUCCACUUGGCCGCCUGGGCAGUGCCAGCAGUCAAGACCAUCACCAUCCUGGCCAUGGGGCAGAUCGACGGGGACUUGCUGAGCGGCGUCUGCUUCGUGGGCCUCAACAACAUCGACCCUCUGCGAGGCUUCGUGCUGGCCCCGCUCUUCGUCUACCUCUUCAUCGGCACCUCCUUCCUCCUGGCCGGCUUCGUCUCCCUCUUCCGCAUCCGCACCAUCAUGAAGCACGGCGGCACCAAGACCGAGAAGCUGGAGCGGCUCAUGGUUCGCAUCGGGGUCUUCAGCGUGCUCUACACCGUCCCGGCCACCAUCGUCAUCGCCUGCUACUUCUACGAGCAGGCCUUCCGCGAGCACUGGGAGCGCAGCUGGAUCAGCCAGAACUGCAAGAGCCUGGCCAUCCCCUGCCCGCUGCACUUCACCCCCCGCAUGACCCCCGACUUCACCGUCUACAUGAUCAAGUAUCUCAUGACUCUGAUCGUGGGCAUCACCUCCGGGUUCUGGAUAUGGUCGGGCAAAACCCUGCACUCCUGGAGGAAGUUCUACACUCGGCUCACCAACAGCAAGCAGGGCGAGACCACGGUGUGACCCCCCGGCCCCGCCGCCCUUCGGCUUGAAAUAUUUCUUUUGGGGGUGGGGGGGGAGGAGUUAUUAUAUAUUUUUUAUUUUUAGAUUUAUUAACGUCUAAGGGGUGUCUCUCUUUCUCUUUGAAU